AGUCACGUGGAGAACUUCCGCGGCUUCGGUUCUUCUUGUUCUCUAUUUUUCGUUUCACAUUCUUCAAGUUCGAGUUUUUCCGUAUUACGUUUAAUGACAUCGAGUGAUAUUCGUCUAAUUGGAGAGAAGAAAGAAGCUGUGAUAUCAAACAACAGGCGGAUUCAGACGAAAAAGAGCGUAGAAUUUUUUUGCCCAUCAGUGUGGAGGGGAGAAAUCGAUUUAAAAAACAACAUGUCACACUUUCACUGGACAAACAUCAGGAUGUUAAUCAGAAUGGGCACGUAACAAAAAUCGAACUGGAGCUGGAGGAAGCUCCAGACGACAUGAUCCUCGUUGGAUCGAUGCCAUCCGAAUUGAAUGUCACCGGUAAAAUUAAUUCGACCUAUCCGGAUGGUGCAGUCAUAGUCAGAGCAGAAGAGGCUUUGAUAGUUAUUUUGGUUCUUCUCCUUUGGGCUGCGGCAAUUGCAUUAUUCUUCAAUCGAUGGGGAAAAAUCAGAAUGUUAGAGCCAUAUCAACCGAAAUUUCAACAACAACAUAGAUCAAGUUGUACCACAAUUGAACAAAAUCAACUUCAGAAUCGGCGCACAUUCUCGAAAUGCAAUAUACUCUGCAGCGAUUAUCCGACGGGGCAUGAAUUGAACUAUGCUUCGGGUCAAACGCGGCCGAGGCAGAACAGCGUGUUCAUUGGUUCCAGUACAUCUUUGCUCCCAGGUGGUCAAGGUACACCGCGACGCACGAAAAGCGCGUUCGACCUCCAAUUCUUAGUGUUUUCUGAGAACAAUACCGUGCCGGAUUCCUCCAUUGAAUCGGAUACGCAAAGAAACUUUAAACAGAUCAGUGAAUCCACGAAAUUGUUGCAACGCGAGCGAAAGGCCAGCAUCUGCCAAACAUCGGACAGAGCCCCAGAUGCUAAGCCCUUGUUCCGGGACAGAGGGAUGAGUAUCUGUCAGCUCGAUAGUUCCCCGAAAUCGUGGCAACGAGAUCGUGGGAUGAGCAUCUGUCAAUUCGACAGGAUGGAUGUUCUUGCCAGACCGCUUCAAAGAGAUCGCGGUGGAAGUAUCUGCCAUUUUGACAGAAUGGAUGUGUUAGCCAGGCCGUUGCAAAGAGAUCGCAUAGGUAGCGCUUAUCACUUCGACAGAACAGACGUUCUGGCCAGGCCUAAUUUUUCCCUUGGCAAAUCGUUGCUGAGAGAAAGACGCGUCAGCAUGUGUAACUUUCUGGAGAAGGAUGAGGAAACCGCGAGAGCUAUUCAGAUGGAACGGCGUUUGAGCAGCAGUAACAUUGAGAAAAUCGUAAAGGAAGAUGCGUCGAUUGAGGAAGCAAGAAGCGAGCAGAGAGGAAGACAGGAGAUAUUCGCUAAAUGCAUGUCCAAAGAAAAAAAAGAUACCUCUUAUCAAUUGGAUCAACCGUGUUGCAGCAAAACGGCCGACGCUGUAUUUGGAUACAAAGCUACUUGUGUAUAGCAACGUAAAAUUAUAAUAUGGAUUUUAUUAUGGAAGAAUAAUUUUGCUAUAAUUUUCAAGAGAAAAACAUUUUUGUUAUAUCGCAAGAACGACAUUCUUGACAAUGAUUUAAUACGUAUGUAACAAAUCAAUUAUAUCUUCUGUGAAUGUAAAUUUCAUCUCAUGUAAUUCAAAGACGAUGGGCAUUUUUAUAAAUGCUUUCGUUCAUACAUAAACAAAAAUGAGUGAUCUUCUAUAAUAUUGCUAAUAAUAUCUCCAUUGGUAUGAUAAAAUCAUAUAAAAUCACGUUAAUGAAUGAUUUUCUUUUUUAAUAUCUUUAAGAAUUGUAAAACUAAAUUAUUUACUAUAUAUUUUAUUUAUAUAUUGAGAAUUUAUUUAAAAAUAUAUAUUUUUAAAAAUAAAAUAAAACAUUUCCUAAAAUAUCAAAUAUUAUAUUUCAUAUAAAUAGAAGAUAACUCACAUUUAUAAGCAUACUUAGUUGUUUGAGUCAUAUGAGGUUGCCGUCAGAGACAAUACGCUAUCUCCUCUAUCACUAAACAUGGCUCAGUUUUACAUAAGAAUUUUUAUAUAAAAAGAAUAUAUGACAUCACAUUAUCUUCACUAUUACAGGAACUACAUCACAUGAUCAAGUUUGUAUCAAAACCAAGCAUUGCAUUGUCACGUGACAUAUCUCUGCCUAAUUUAACAAUAAUAGUGAAGAUAACAUCAUAUAUUCUCUGUAUUGGAGGGGAAUUGAGCCUCUUCUAAUGAUAAAGGAAAUAGCAUAUGGUAAUCCUGUAUAUAUAUGUGAUACUUCCAGAUAACCACUGAUAGUGUUAUAACAAGAGUCACAUAUGUAUAAUGUGCAAAUGAUAAUUUGAGAAAUAUAGAAAAAUUUAAUAUAGAAAAAUCUAUUUUAAACAGUUAACAAUUAUCAUUAUUUAUUAUCAAAGAAAAAAAAUUACAUAUUUUAUAAAUUCUUAUGAUUUUUUAAUAUAAAACUGAUUAAAUUAAUUGUGUUUAAUGAUUUCAAAUUUAAGAUUUUAAUUUUCUGUAACAGUUUUAGUAUUCGCUCGCCAAAAACCUUUGCCUAAAUCCUUUGAUUUAAACAAAAAAAUAUUAUAUUAUAUAUAUUAUGAUUAUUAUUAUUCUGCAAAUAAUGCAAAUAAAUUCAUUCAUAAAUUUAUUUAUUAUUAUUUUUAACAAAUGAUAUAUUCAAUAAAUUUUUAAAAUUAAGUAUGCAUUGUUUAUAUAAAUAUAAAAAUGAAACAACAUUAUUAAGAUUUUACAAAAAUAGUAAAGAAAGAUAAUUUUAAAUUUACUUUAUUUUAAUUUUAAUUUGAAAAAAACAGUAAUUGGUUGAUAAAUAAUUCUAAUAAAUGAUUGAAAUAUAUUAUUAUAUUAUAAUGUUCAGGCAAUAGUUUAAAAAUAAUUUAAAUAAUAUUUUAAAUUAAAAUUGUACAAAAAAAGAUGAAUAAUAUGAUAAAAAUAUUAUAAUAAAAAAUAUGAAUUAAUAUAAAGUUCAAAAUAAAAAUUCAGAUUAAAGAAAUAAUUCUUUUUCGGAUAAAACAUCUUGAAUUUUAAUUAUUGUAAAAAAAUAUAAAGACAUAUAUAUUAAUUGUUAAAAAGAAUUAUAUUUUUUGUGAAUGAAUAAUGCAAUUAAGAUAAAAACUGAAAAUAUUUCUUCAAUAGUAAAUAAUUAUAAAUCACAUCACUUCCUAUAUAUUUUUUUUAGAAAAAAACAUUUUUCUUUUUUUAUUAUUUUUAUUAAAAUUAAAUGAAACAAAAAUUAAGUAUUAAUUAAUGUCAAUAAAAUUUAUAAUUUAUUUAUGAAUUUUUUUUACAAUAAAUUCAAGAAAUAAUUAAUAGUAAUUAAUGAACAAAAUAUAAAAAAAACAAAUAAUUUUUGAGUUUUAUAAAUUUUUUCAAAACAACAAAUGUACACGUAUGUUAUAAACGUAUACGAGUACACAAUAUUAUAAUAUUUUUUGAUAUAUGUAUUUAUGUAAAAAUUACUUUAUAAUUUAAUAUAAUAACGUAAUGUCAUAACUAUUUAUUAAUCAUUAGUCAUCGUAAAUUGAAUGUUGCAAUUAAUUAUUGAUUUAACAAAUUCAUAAUUUUGAUUAUAUAAUUUUUUUAUCUUGAUGUGAUAAGAUCUCCUACAGAAAAAUCGUAGAAGAUAAGAUUUUUAAUGAAAAAAAAAGAGAGAAACAAAUCUUCCCUGCAUUAUAUACAAGAUUAAAUACUUAGAAAAUAUAAUAUCAAAAUAGAUCUUUUCGCAAAUUAAAAUUUUUAUUUUAUUAUAGUGAAUGUAAAUGGGUACAACUAUGUUAUUAAGCUGGUUUAUGUAAAAUAAUGAAUUAGAUAAGAAAUUAAAAUAAUAUCUAACCACGAAUAUUAAUCUAAAUUGAAUCGGACAAUUUUGAAUUUAUUUACAUAAUGAGAAAUUAAUGAUUCAAAAGUGUUAUUUUAUUUUAUUAUUUUUAUUCUAUUUUUUUAAUGAUAAUAAUAAUUAAAAUCAAAUUAUAGAUAUUGAUUUAAUACAAUUUACUGAUAUAUGGAAUUAUAUUAUGUUUCAUUGAAUUAAAUUUUGUCGAAUUUGUGCGGGAGAAAAAUCGACAUCAUAUUAUUUGUUUAAACAGAAGCAUGUGAUCAGAUUUCUGUUGUCCAAUGACAAACGUCGCAUCGUGUCAUGUGAUGUAUCUUUGUCUCAAGUUUAUUUUAAAUAUAAAUAUUAUUAUAUUUAAUUUCCGAUUGAAUAAUAUUAUAUUAUUUAGUAAAACUUAAUUUUAUAUACGAAAAUAAUGAAAUGUAUAAUAAAUAUAAUGGAAUAUAUAUAAAUAAAAAAUAGAAUUUUUUCACUGUGAAAUUGGUUUUCAAGAAAAUAAAAUUUGAAAAUUUGAAAAUGAAAUAAGUGAAUACAUGAAUAUUUGAUCACAUCUUUUGUAUUUCGAUUUUCUCGAAAACAAAAAAUUUAAGAAAAAAAUAUUAUUCUAUACUUUUCUUUUUAUUAUAAUAAUUCUAAUAAUUACAUAUAUCCAGUCGAAACACAUCAUUUUGUAUCUGCCAAGUUUUCAAACUCAAUUUUCUUGAAAAUGAAGUUUCAAAUGAAUAUUUUUAUUUUUUGGUUUAUUUUUUUUUUACAUGUCGAAUCAUCAAUUAUUAUCCAAUAUAUUCUACAAUUUUUUCUUAAAUUUCAGAUUCAGUAAAAAAUAAUCUUUAUCUGCAAAAAAAAAUUUUGCCUGCAAGAUAUAAAUCAUGUUUGAUCUAUAUUAUAUUAUUUUUAUUUGUUAUCUUUUUAUAUCUGUUCUAUAAAAUGCAAUAUAUAAAUUGUUUAUAUUACUAUAAUAAAUUAAUAUAAUAAAUAAUAAAUUUUUUUUUAUAAAUUAAAAAAAAUCAAUAUUUUUCAAGAUUUUGGAUUUAGAUUAUAAUUUCAAAAACGAAACUUCGUAUAAAUAUUAAUUCAAAAGUGUCUGAUUUAAUACAAAAUAGUUUUAUAAAAAAAUAUAUUUUAUGAAAUAUUAUAUUUAACUCUUUCGGUCAUAUUUUGUGCAAAAAAAUUAUCUCAAUAAAUUUACAUAAAAAAUUAUUUGAAAUUGUAUAGUGCCAUGUAUUGAAUUUUGAAAAACAUGCGCGUUGUCAGUGAAAAAUGAAAAUUUCAUAUCCUUUUCACAAUUAAAUUAAAUAUUUUCUAAUGCAAAUACCGAAGGAGUUAAACCAGACCAGUGAUAACAUUGUAAGAAGUUAAUAGAUAAAUUUAUAAAGAAAGAUGCGAACUAUUUUUUCAGGAAUUACAAUUCUUAGAGAAUUCUUAUAAGAAUAGACAAGAAAUAUAUACAUUUACAUUAACAUAUAACUAUAGUUUUGGAGACUAUUUAGAUAUAAAGAGUGUUCUGUCAAAAACGAUGUUGGAAUCAAUAGAAUAAAAACAAUAAUUAUAUUAAAAAUAUUUCGGAAAAAAAAAUUUAAUGGGUCAGUUAUUUUACUAUUUUAUAAAUUGUUUUCAAAAUGCUUAUAUUACAUGUAUUUAAAAUUAUAUCGUAUAUAAUAAAUUACGCAGAAAAACCAUUGCAAUUUGUAUGCCAAUUGCAAAGAAAUAUCUGCAUCUUCAAUAUUUUUUAAAUACAAAAUAAGAUGUAAGAUUAGUUAUAAUUCAUAUUAUCAAUUUAAUAGACUGAAAUUUUCAUUUAUUUUUCAAACUUUUAUUCAUUCCAAUCAUUAUCCAUUUAAAAAAUAUUUUUUAUUAUCAUUUUCAUUUUAAAAAAUCAAUGAAAACUUUUUAAUUUAUUAAUUUAGCAAAUCUAUGUAAACGAUAGAACAUAUCAGAUAAAAUUAUUGUUACAAAUCAUUUCAAAUAAUGCAUUUCUACUACUAAUUUUAAAAAUUCAUAUAAAAAAUAAUUUGUCAAUAAGAUAUAUAGGAUAUUAAUAUAUUCGUGAAAAAAUCUUUAAAGGAUUGAUUUUAAAUCUUUAAACAAAAAUUGAUAUACAAAAAUGUAGAAUGAAUCUUACUUAUUAAAUAAAAAUUUUAAGUUUCUAUUAGAUAAAAUAAAGAUAAAAAUAGAAUGAAAUAAUGAUGCAAAAAAAAACAGAAUAAUCUCAUUAUCUCUGUUCCUCUUCAUCCAAUAUAAAUUUUAAUUAUUUUUAAUUUAAUAAAUCUUAAUUGAUAUUUUUGUAUAUCAACUUUUAUAUUUAUUUUGAUCUUUAGAAUCCAUUCUUCAAAAAUAUUCCACGAAUAUUAUUAUAUUAAUAUGUUUUAUAAAUGUAUCGAGAAAAUAGAUGGUCAAAAUAUAGAUCCUUUGAAUCGCAUAGAAUUAUUUUAAUAAAAAUUAUAUUAAUCAAUGGAUUGGAAGAAGACCAAUUGCCUGAUUUUUAAAUUCUCUUGGAAAUAUACAUUAUUAAUAAAUUUUAUAUUGUGUAUUGUUAUAUAAAUAUUAUAGAUAUAAGUAUUCCAAUAACAUUAUUAAAAACGCUUAAAAAUCGAAUUUAUUAUUGAAUGUGAAAACAUUUAAAAUAUAAAAAUUUUUGAAUAUCUUCUUUUUUAAAAUAUCAAUAUGAGGAAUUUAUUUUCAACAUCAAUUUUUAUAAAUUUUAAAUAUUUAUAUUAUAAAAAAUUUAUAUUAUAUUUUAUAAAAAAAUCUUUACGAACAUAUUACGAAGAAUAAUUUUUAGAUUCAUGUUUUUAUAUGAUAUUUUCCUUAUUCUAUUCUCAUUUUUUUAUUUACAGUUGAAUACGUAUCAAAGUUUCUUUUAUAAAAGCCAUCUAUUUUCUCGACACUUUGUACUUAUAUACUUAUAUAUAUGACAAUUUCACGAAACAAAGAUAACAUGUAUGGAACAAAUAUCAAUUAUUGGAAUAAAUAAAAAUUCAAAUCUGCAUUUUUAUGAAUUAUAAUAUCACAGAAAAAUUUUCAUAAUAUAAUGAAAAAAUUAUCUAUAAUAUAUUCAGAUAAUAGUACAUAUAUUAUCAUCAAUCUAAAAUAAUAAUUAUCACAUUAUCUGAAAAUGAUUAUUUUAAAAAAUAAAUCAUUUAUUCAAGACAUUUCUUUAAAUCAUACAAAUUAAUUUCGAUAUUCGAUAUUCGAUCAAAAUAUAAAUAAUUCAUGAUAAAUUAGAAUUAUUUUUCCAUAUACAUAUUAAUUUUUAUAUACAUAUAAUAAGC